AUAUGAAAACCAGCGACUGACGCCUGACGGUGCUUCCAAACAGAUCCGGCGUAGAGCUUCCUUCUCCCCAGGUUAGGCAUCUCCGUGCUUCUCUUACACUGUGUUUGUUUGGAGGUAUGGGGAGGUAGAAUUUAGGUGACUGCCAGAAAACCAGUCGCCAUCUUCAUAUCUCCAUCCUCGUCUUCCGAUUGCCAUCUCCAACAAGACGAGGUAUUCCGAUUUUUUCUCUUCAAUUUUCAAUUUUUUUUCGUUCUGCCUUUGCGUCGUUCUGUAGUUCGAUUCUGGUUUCUGGGCGACUCUGCUCCAGAUCGGAAGGUAUUUAAUCCUCUUAUUUCUCCCUUCUGUUUUUGCAUGCAAUCCCGAUCCCUUUUUUCCACAUUGCAACCAUGAAAAGGGCUUUUUGCCGGGUUUCCUCCAUGAAUGCUCAAAGAUCUAGCCUUUUUUUCUUCUGGGUCGAAAUUUAUUCUGGGUUUUUGUUGUUUGGCACUUUGGCUGGAACUUUUUUUCGUUCUGCCCUUGCUCACGGAUUCUCUUUCUACACGGAUUUUGCUUACUUCACUUCAAUUUUUUCACUUUUUUUGCUUACUUCACAGAUUUUGGUUCUGCACAGAUUUUCAAUUUUACUUCACUUUUUUUUGCUUCCUUCAAUUUUGCUUUCAAUUUUAUGCUUUCACAAGGAUAUUUUAAUAAUUUUAAUCUUUUCCUACCUCACUUUACCUAAUAAACAUCCAAACACAAUUUUUUAACUCAUUAACUUCAAUUACCUACCUACAAUUACCUACCUUUACCUACCUAAUAAAAAUUUUACCUACCUCCAACCAAACAUACCCUUAUAUAUGAAUCGUGCAUUCCUUACCCUAAUUUAGUUUGCCGCUAGUUUCAGAUCCUGCUCGUCGAUUCGAUUUACUGCUAGAGCUAGAAAUGUGCAUUCGGAAUAUGAUUUGAAUAAGUUAUUUAUCAUCCAGUUCCUCUAUAGGAUUAUAUCCUGCUAUUCUUGAACAUUCGAUUCAAUCGCUCUGUCAUGUUUGAUGUAUUGAGCACUAGGUUUUGUUUUUCUCAUUUUUCUUGGUGGAUAAAAUCAUGAAAUGAUAUGCAAUAGCAUGCCAUAUCAGCUAGGAUGUUUUAAUCAUAUCAAUUAUUUUGCCAUCUUCAAAGAACAAAGCUUGAUUUUUUUUGUUUUUUUCAUAUGUUAUGCAUGAUCACGAAACUUAUGGAAGUGUUCAACAAGCAUAGAUUGCUUCCAAAGGUUCAACGAGAUGCGCCGAAAACCUAUUGGAGCUCGCAGUUUAGUAUUCUUUGGUUUUAGUAAGAGCAGUAGUAUGGAGUGACAACUGACAAGAGCGUAACAAUACAAUGGUGAACAUUUAUAAAUACUAUUUCUGUGUAUCCCCUUUAUUUGUCUAAAACUUAGGUACAAUGCAUGAAUUGGAAAAAGUUGCUAGUUAAAAGUUUUGUCUCUAUUUAAUAAUCUCUAACAUUUUUUAAAUAGAAUGUGAAGUUAGAUUGUGGAGGCGCAGAUUCAUAGUCAUCACUGACCAAUUUGAGGCAAUCCAUUAUGGUUUCCCGCAAAGUGCCUAGAAUCUAGAUCUUCAUCCAAUAUUCAAAGGGCUUGAACAUGAGUUCUGUUGGGUGCUCUCUGACUCCUUGUGGUUUUAAUACGUCCUAUGAACCCAAUUCAAAAUGCUACAUUGCAACAUUUACACGGCUUUCCCAGCUGCAUUCCAUGUCAACCUUCUCAUCCAUUAAGAGCUCACUGGGGUCCCAUCACAGUCUAACAUCUUGCUUCUUCAAAGGAGCCAAGUUCUCGAGUCUUUCUUCUGCAUCAACACCUCUUUUAUGUGGAGAAUAUCUGGGCUUCUCAGAAACCCUUUCCAAGUCCCCCAAACAAAAAAGGGUUUCUUUUUCCCCAAGGGCAUCAUCUAAGGAUGUCCCCCAAGGUUUUCGAUACCCAGCAAUGACAAAGAAGCCAAGGUUUUGGUGGAGAACCAUAGCGUGCCUCCCGUACCUCAUGCCCCUCCACGAGACAUGGAUGUAUGCCGAGACGGCAUACCAUCUCCAUCCUUUCUUAGAAAAAUUGGAAUUCAUGACCUACCCCUUUCUACGAGCCUUAGGGAGGUUACCCAGUUGGUUUCUCAUGGCGUAUUUCUUUCUUGCUUACCUUGGGAUUGUUAGGAGAAAGGAGUGGCCCCACUUUUUCCGGUAUCAUAUGGUGAUGGGAAUGCUGUUGGAGAUAUCUCUACAAGUUAUUGGAACUGUGAGCCGUUGGAUGCCCCCGGCCGUGUACUGGGGUAAGGUUGGGAUGCAUUUCUGGACAGCCAUCGCGUUCGCGUAUCUGUUCACCGUUUUGGAGUGCAUCAAGUGCGCAAUUUGUGGUAUGUAUGCCGACGUUCCGUAUAUCUGCGACGCUGCUUAUAUUCAAAUUCCAUAUUGAUUUUGAAUGCUUGUGUAGCAAAUCGAGAUCUUGUACUGGCAUUUAAUCAGGUAAUGUUUUGUUUUUUUGAUUGAUUAUUGUUGUAGAUUGAAUACAAGUAUCAUCUGUUGCUAAUGCCCUUUGUUCUUAUUACUGUAAAAUCUACUGCUGUGGGCAUUAAAAGUUUCCCUUCAUUGGAGAUGAUGGAUUGCCUAAUGUUUGUGUGGAUUUGAGAUAUGUUGUAAUCUUUUGCUAUUUUGGAUACAUAAAUAGGAGUAUACGGU